AUGGGCACUUCAAAUCAUGCGUUGGACCUGACAGUCCUUGGGCUAAAUAGUGGCACGUCCAUGGAUGGCAUUGAUUGCGCCUUAUGCCAUUUCCGUCAGGAAGACCCGGAGUCUCCUAUGCAUUUUGAGCUUUUGAAGUACGGGGAGAUUGCGCUCGAGCCUACAGUGAAGAAGCGAGUGAUGGAUAUCAUUCUCUAUAACAAGACAUCUCCGUCGGAAUUAUCAGAAGUGAAUGUUAUCUUAGGCGAGACUUUCGCAGACGCUGUCAAGCAGUUCUGCCAGAGUUACAAUGUUGAUAUAUCCACCAUCGACGUCCUGGGGUCUCACGGCCAGACGAUAUGGCUUUUAUCUAUGCCAGAGGAAGGCGAGACCAAAAGUGCCCUUACCAUGGCCGAGGGCUCAUUUCUCGCUGCUCGCACAGGCAUUACCACCGUCACGGACUUUCGAGUCAGCGACCAAGCCGCAGGCCGUCAAGGUGCCCCACUGAUUGCAUUCUUUGAUGCCCUUCUCCUACACCAUCCUACUAAGCUUCGCGCGUGUCAGAACAUUGGCGGCAUUGCCAACGUUUGCUUCAUUCCUCCCGAUGUCGCAGGCGGAGUGAAUCAGUGCUACGAUUUCGAUACAGGCCCCGGUAACGUUUUUAUAGACGCAGUAGUUCGGCACUAUACCAACGGCGAACGCGAAUAUGAUAGGGACGGCGAGAUGGGUGCGCGUGGAAAGGUCGACCAGGCCCUUGUCGACGAAUUUCUGCAACACAAGUACUUCCGCCUCGAUCCUCCGAAAACCACUGGACGAGAAGUCUUCCGCGAUACGCUAGCUUUCGAAAUGAUUGAAAAAGCCGAGAGAAAAGGCCUUUCACCGGACGAUGUUGUGGCUACCAUUACUCGCAUCACAGCUCAAGCGAUCGUCGACCAUUACCAGCGAUAUGCGCCUAAGCACCUGGAGAUCGCCGAGAUCUUCAUGUGUGGUGGUGGUGCUUACAACCCUAACAUAACAUCUUAUAUUCAGCAACAUUACCCCGACGCCAAAAUCGUGAUGCUGGAUGAGGCCGGUAUCCCAGCCGGCGCUAAGGAGGCUAUUACUUUCGCAUGGCAGGGUAUGGAGGCCAUUGUUGGACGUUCUAUUCCUGUCCCGACGCGUGUGGAAACACGUCAGGAAUAUGUCUUGGGCAAAGUGUCUCCUGGGAAGAAUUAUCGGAAGGUUCUCCGGAAGGGCAUGCUUUUUGGAGCUGGACGCGAUCAUCUACCACCGGUGAAGGAGUUGUUUAACUAUGUGGAUGGGAAGGUCUUCUACAAUAAAUGGUGA